UGCAGUUGCUAUCCUACGAUUCUCUCCAGUUCCUUCUCCAUUCAAACUGCCUUUUCACAAAUCGCUCCUCACCAGAACCGCCUUUUCCACUGGUUCACUGCAGGGAAGUGUCACGUGAAUCUUCAGACGUUCCUUCUUCUUCUUCUCCCUCCAUUGAGAUAGAGUUGGUUUCUUACUGGCCCUAAUCAUUUUCUCUGUCCCCGUUAUACCAGCGAUAAUCGGAAGAAAAUGAGAGAGAUCUUGCACAUCCAGGGAGGGCAAUGUGGGAAUCAAAUCGGAUCGAAGUUCUGGGAGGUGAUUUGCCACGAGCACGGCGUCGACCCGACGGGUAGGUACCAGGGCGGCGGCGAUGAGUCAUCCAACACUCAGCUGGAGAGAAUCAAUGUGUAUUUCAACGAGGCGUCCGGCGGUAGGUACGUGCCUCGCGCGGUGCUCAUGGAUCUGGAGCCAGGGACGAUGGAUGCUAUCAGAUCCGGUCCGUACGGACAGGUUUUCCGUCCUGAUAAUUUUGUGUUCGGGCAGUCCGGUGCGGGUAAUAAUUGGGCGAAGGGGCAUUACACCGAGGGCGCGGAGUUGAUCGAUUCGGUGCUCGAUGUUGUCAGGAAGGAGGCCGAGAAUUGUGAUUGCUUGCAAGGUUUUCAGGUCUGUCAUUCUCUUGGAGGAGGCACUGGUUCGGGCAUGGGCACACUCUUGAUUUCGAAGAUCAGGGAGGAAUAUCCCGACAGGAUGAUGCUGACAUUCUCUGUUUUCCCUUCACCGAAGGUCUCAGACACUGUUGUUGAACCCUACAACGCCACACUCUCAGUGCACCAACUGGUCGAGAAUGCAGAUGAGUGCAUGGUCCUCGACAAUGAAGCUCUCUACGACAUUUGUUUCAGGACUCUGAAGCUCAGCACUCCCAGCUUUGGUGAUUUGAACCAUUUGAUCUCUGCAACUAUGAGCGGCGUGACCUGUUGUCUGCGAUUCCCCGGGCAGCUGAAUUCCGAUCUGAGGAAGCUGGCAGUGAACCUUAUCCCUUUCCCGCGGCUGCAUUUCUUCAUGGUGGGAUUUGCCCCGCUCACAUCCCGUGGCUCACAACAGUACAUCUCCCUCACUGUUCCGGAGCUUACCCAACAAAUGUGGGAUGCAAAGAACAUGAUGUGUGCCGCUGAUCCUCGCCAUGGACGCUAUCUGACUGCCUCCGCCAUGUUCCGGGGGAAAAUGAGCACCAAAGAGGUGGAUGAACAGAUGCUCAAUGUGCAGAACAAGAACUCGUCCUACUUCGUCGAGUGGAUCCCGAAUAACGUCAAGUCCAGCGUCUGCGACAUCCCCCCCACUGGCCUGAAAAUGGCGUCCACCUUCAUAGGCAACUCCACAUCCAUUCAGGAAAUGUUCAGGAGAGUGAGCGAGCAGUUUACAGCCAUGUUCCGGCGUAAGGCCUUCUUGCAUUGGUACACCGGAGAAGGCAUGGAUGAAAUGGAGUUCACCGAAGCCGAGAGCAACAUGAAUGAUCUGGUUGCAGAGUAUCAGCAGUAUCAGGACGCCACUGCUGAAGAAGACGACGAGUACGAGGGCGAUCCCGAGCAGGAGUAUGAGGGCUAAAACAGAUCUUCAGAAACAGGUUCUUGUUCCUUUCCAUUUAUUUGUCAUUUCCCUAUUAUGGACUUCAUAUUUUGCUAUGAUUGUUGAGCUUUUAUGAUUCCUACGUUGCUGGUAUUUUGUAUCCAAUCCUACUAAGAAAACAAUCUUUAUUGUCACAUUAAGGUAAGGUAAUACAAGGAAUUUAUUCUUAAAA